UUGGGCCUCUUUGGACCGGGUAAAAUCACCUGCACGUUCUUCCUGGUAUUAUCAGUUUCUGUAGUUCAAUUCUCUAAUUUUAUAAAACAGACACGGCUUCUGAGGUCCCGAAUAUCGAAUACUGAGUAGUGUUAGUGUACAGGAAUGGAGUGACCUGUGAAGUUCGGUGUACCAGUGUCCUGACGACGACUAUCGGCCCAUGAAAUUGUUUUCAAAUUUCGUGUUAUAUAAAUUGUGAAAACGUUACUUUUGGUGUUUUUAUUUAUCAAUUCUGGAGGUGUUUUGAAGCCUGUCGGCCAGCCUGCAACAAAUGGUGUCAGAAGUGGGAUUCAAAUCUAGUCGACAGAGACAAACCUCCACUUCAACAUGAUGACGACAGUUUUGGCGCAGACCACCUCAAUGCACGGAUCAAUCUUCAUUGGAUCAUCGAGUGCUCCGUUCUACCAACAGAUUUUUUAAAGACCCUCAUCGACUUCAUGUGAUGCAGGAAAGUCAGCACGCUAUGACCAGAACAUUAUCUCCUGUGUGUAUCAUUCUACCAGGGAUGAUGAAAUUCGAUGUUAUGAGAGAAAUGCAUCUAGACGGAUCAUCCAGUCGAGUUUGAAGUCCAUCCGUUGACCAGACGGAAGGACAGUUUCUUGUUUUCGUUUUGAGCAUAACAUUAACAUUUGAAAUUUGAAUUUCUUUAUCUACUGAUAAAACUGUUCAAAAUUAUAUUUAUUUGUUUAUUGUAUCAUUUAGAUUUUUUUUUUUUUUGGACAAAAUUCUUUGGGGUUUUUUUUUAAUUGUUUGUAUGUACUUAUAUUUAUUUUUGAUUUUUUUGUAGGAAUGUGUUUGACAGAGUUAUUCGGGACCUAGAGGUCAGCUGUUGACACUGAAAUAACGUCGUGGAUACAUUGCCUCAGUAAAUGGUGUGUCUGUACGUUGUUAACGUUUUCACAUCUCGUUUGAAAUAUAAUAUCUAUCGUGUAUUGGUGUCCUAUCAAACUCAGGUGUGUAUCGACAGGUAUGUUGGAAGUUUCCAUUUUUUCAGUUGUCACAUAGUGUGUUGUCUGUAUGAGUUAUUGUCUCUUGAGUUUUCAUCAUGUCACAGUCUUUAAAAUCGGUCAUUGAUUAUGGAGUGUCAUUUGGGUUACAAGGAGGAAACUCUUAGAGACUUUGUUAAGCUCCAACAAGAAAUAGAACGUGAAGAGAGGAAGGCGGAAAGGGAACGAGUGAAGGAGGAGCUGGAUUUUAAGAGAUUGACGGAAAAAUAUGACAAAGAACUACAGAUACAGCAGACCACUCAUCAGCAGCAAAUGGAGAUGAUGCAUGAAAAAGAAAAGUUAAAAGCUGCAGGUGUUGAUGAGAGAGAACGCCAAAGAGUAUUCAGGACAUGGCACAGUUGGCAGACCAGUAUGGGGAAGCAAGAAUGACCAAUGCUGUCAACUUGAUCAAUGUUAAAGCUAACGGAUCCCAGCCUCCAACAGUAAACCAUCCUGGAAAUCCGAAUGACAGUUCAGGUGAGAAAAGUAAUCAGAACUCGAGAAAACUGUUUGUUCCAAAAUCCGACAGACGUUGUUAUAAAUGCAACAGAAUGGGCCACAUUGCAUCAGAGUGCAAACCAAAACCAAAGGUUAACGUUGUUACCACCCAAGAACCGUGGGACUAUCAGAAAACCUCACCAGUAGAGGCAGAACUUCCAACACAGGUAUCUUUUGUUACUACAAUACCUAUUAAAACUGAUAUCGAUUUACUUCAACUUGAUUCCCCUACAGCAGUGUCCUCAUCACACUGUCGUCAGCAGAAGCACAACAUGCCAUCGUCAGCAGGGUAUGUUGAGGGAGAGCCAGUUACAGUAUUGCGAGACACAGGAUGCAGUAGAAUAGUUGUCCGAACAAGUAAAGUUAAUAAGGGGGAUAUGAUUAAAAACAAAUUUCAAACCUGCAUUUUGGCAGACGGUUCAUCUAUUAGAGUACCUGUUGCUUCUUUUUUUAUUGACACACCCUAUAUUACAGGAACAUUUGAAGCAUGUUGUAUGGAAAAGCCGGUUUACGAUCUCAUGAUUGGCAACGUGGGAAAAGUGAGGCCACCAGGAGAUCCAGAUACUCAAUGGUCAGAGACUCAUGCUGCUGAAAUCCGAAUGCAAGCCAAAGCAAAACUCAAACCGCGUUCUCAGCUCAAAGUGCCGAAAAUUUCAAGCAAGAACAUCACUCCAAAGAAUAAAAAAGUAGAACAGCAAACUGGUGACUCUUUACCGAAACUAUGUCAUGUGUCAACUUCAGGCCAAGAAGAAGACUAUAAGAUUGAUGUGAAAGGUAAAUCAAAAACGUUUCAUGUAAAUAUGGUGACCAAGUAUAUUGACAGAAAUGCUGAUCUACAGAAUGUUAACCAAGAUGAAGCUUUAGUCAGCUCUGCUGUGAUUGACUGCCCUGAAGGUGAAGACGUCAAAUAAUAUGGAUUACCAAGUGUCGGGGACAAGGAGGAGUUAUCGAGUGUGGACAUCAACCAAGAGCUGGGCCCUGAAGAUAGGCAGAAGGUAACUUCUCUGUUGAACCAAUUUGAUGAUGUGUUAUCUGACGAUCCAGGGUAUACACAUUUGAUUGAACAUGAUAUUAUAGCAAACUCAAAUCAAACUAUCCGGAAUAAGCUGCACGUAGUUUCCGUUUCGUUAUGCCAAAUCGUAGGUAAAAACCAAUUGAAAGCACAAUCAGACAAGGUAAAGACAAUCGAUGAAGCGGUGGUACAUGUAUCUUGCACAAAACGUAAAUUAAGAUCUGUUCGUGGACAUUUUAGCUUUUACAAGAAGUUCAUUCCAAUUUUGUUAUCAAUUUUGUUGCUCUUAACAUGUUUAUUAAAGCAAUUUAUUCUUCUGACGGAUGCUUCUGAGAGAGGAAUUGGUGCAGUCCUGAUGCAGUUUGACGAUGAAAGCGGAUUGAAACUUUCUGUAGAAAAUGCCAGCAGGAAACUAAAGGGUAGUGAGUUCAGAUAUUCCACAAUCGAGAAGGAAUGCUUAGCAAUUGUUUGGACGGUUAACAAAUUUCAACUGUACCUAUAUGGUCGUGAAUUUCUAAUAGAAACAGAUCACCAGUCGUUGAUGUAUUUGAACAGGGCUAAGGUGAUCAACGCUAGAAUCAUGAGAUAAGCACUUGGUCUUCAAUCAUAUAGAUACCGAGUCAUUUCAAUUAGAGGCAAGGAUAAUCAGGGUGCAGAUUAUCUUAGUAGACAAUGAAUAUGUGUUAUUUUGUGUAACUAUGAACCGUUGGUUUUAGGUUUUCGUAAAUGUAUGUUCGGAAGUACACUUCUUGUAAAAGGGGAGGUAUUGUUACAUUUACGAUGCUGUUUUAAUUUGUCUUUUAUUUAUAGUUAUCCUGUACUGGACCUCUAAUUCUAUUACCCUUUCUGGUACCCAUCGAUACCUGUUUAUAUCCACCUGAGUUUAGGUUUUUGGGCCUCUUUGGACCGGGUAAAAUCACCUGCACGUUCUUCCUGAUAUUAUCAGUUUCUGUAGUUCAAUUCUCUAAUUUUAUAAAACAGACACGGCUUCUGAGGUGAGUAAACCAACUUACUUAUUCAUUCUCAUUCUUUUGUUUAUUAAAUGGUCCUGGGAUAACUUUGUUGUUUCAGUGUGUUUUAUUUGUAAUUUGUAUUGUUUGAAUAUCCCUUUCGUCAGUUAUUCGUUUGUUAUGUUCGUUAUAUAGUUCAUUACUAGUAUUUCUUUAGUUAUCCAUUGUCGUGAGUAGAGUAUAUUCAUAGGGCUGCCGUAAUUUGAGUAGUAAUGUGUAUGUCGUGUUUAGUGACUCUAACAGUGUCAUUGGCAAGUAAUUGUCGUUACAGCACUUUAAGUUACGUGUAAAGUAAUUUGUUUAUCAUUAUGUAUCGUGAAAUGCAAGUAAAUGUAAUGCAGCGCUGCCACGUGUACCACGUUGUCUCACUGUUAUGUAUGGUGGGUCAUGUGGGUCAUUACUUGUAUGGAACUUUGUUUAUGUGUAACUUAAUGUGUAUGUUCUGUGUACGCAGGUCCCGAAUAUCGAAUACUGAGUAGUGUUAGUGUACAGGAAUGGAGUGACCUGUGAAGUUCGGUGUACCAGUGUCCUGACGACGACUAUCAGCCCAUGAAAUUGUUUUCAAAUUUCGUGUUAUAUAAAUUGUGAAAACGUUACUUUUGGUGAUUUUAUUUAUCAAUUCUGGAGGUGUUUUGAAGCCUGUCGGCCAGCCCGCAACAGAGAGGUUAUCAUGAGCAAAUGUUUAAAACAGUGAAAUUGUCUUGGGUCUUGCGUGACCUUUGAGAUCUUCAAGCGGAUAUUAUAAAGGGGGUACUUGUUAGUUAUAUCGUGAAUUGUGAUGAAGAUUUGACGAAAUUAGAAGUUACAAUAAUAUUUUAGUAAUGAAAGUUGCUAAUAACACGUUGGGAAAAAAAGGGUAGCAAAAUUGAAAAUGUGAAGAAUUAAAUUGCAAGGAACUAAUGGUGAAGAAAUUGCAAGGAACUAAUGGUGAAGACAAGAGUUAAAAUAAUAUCUGAGUAAUUAUGUCUGUAAAGAAGACUUGGUGAUGAUAAAAGCUUGAAAAAUAUGAUUGAAUUAUGGUGAAUAUACAAGAAAAAAGAUUAUUCUGGAAACCUACACGUACUAAGCCAAUGUAAAUGUUGGCUACAGCUAGUACUGUUGUGAUCGUGAAAUAUUAAUAGUAUUUUAAUUGAACUGAAUUUGUUGUUAAAUAGAUGCAAUUUCACAGCGAUGUUCACUGUGUUCUACAGAAAAAAGUCAAUGUAUUACUAACAGUAUUAUCAUCAACCUUAUUAGAGCAUAAUUUUUGAGUAAAUAAAGAAUA